AUGCUUUCUCUCCAGCACCCCGAGCAGCGCCACCGCUGCGCCUGCACCUACUGCCGGUGCCGAAACUUCGCGCAGGAGCCCGUGCUCUAUUUCCCCGACGCCGGGAUGCAGACGCCGUGUUCGUCUCCGACCACGACGACGCCGCCGCAGACGCCGGUGGCCAGCGCCUCCGUCUUCUCCCCGUGCCCCUGCUUUCCCCUCUCUGCCGCCGCGCUGUCGGCCGCCGCCCCCCCGCCGACCCUCUGCCUCGUGUGCGAGCGCGCCGCUCUCUGGGGCAAGACCAAGCCCUCCUACGCCGGCUGCCGCUGCACCUGUCGGUGCAAGCAGCGUCGCGCAUUCCCCGAUGCCGCCCUCUGCCACGACUGCGAGGUCCAGAACGACCUCAACCCGCGGCGCCACCGGCCCCACGGUGCGAAGGGGGCCAAGCGCCCGGCCAGGCGGAACUAG